AUGAAACCAGCGGAAAUUACAUCGCAAACAGCGCUUACGAAGCCAACCUCAAUAGCAUCAUCUCUCGAUUCUCAACUCUCACUGAAUUCAGUUACGGCUUUUUCAAUCUGUCGGCUGGUGAAAGCGGUUCAGACGAAUUUCACUCAAUCGCACUCUGCAGGGGUGACAAGAACCAAGCCAAUUGCAACGCUUGCCUCAACUACACUGCAACCGAGCACAAGCGAUCCUGUCCCUGUUGGGGAAAUCAGUCCCUUCAACAAGACCACCACAGCUUGGUCCGAGUUUUGUUUGGUGUGGUACGUCAACCGAGACCUGUACGGGCUGUUGGAGAACGAUCCCCGCGCUUGCGCAAACAACACGAGGAAUGCAUCGAACCCUGAUCAGUUCAAUAGCGCUAUAAGCGAUCUAUUGGAUAACCUCAGGAACGAGGCUGCGGCUUCCGGUCCUCUUCGCAAGUAUGCAGCCGGUAAUGCAUCGGCUGGUAACCAGGAAAGGGUGUAUGCUACGGUGCAGUGCACACCUGAAAUGUACCAGCUAAAGUGCGAUACUUGCCUAACUUUCGCUCAGUCUGAGCUUCUGAAGUGUUGCAAUGGAAGCAUUGGAUGCAGGGUUCUUAGACCAAACUGUGUGUUGAGGUUCGAGUCUAACCAAUUCUAUAAUGAAACCGCGGUUCCUCCGCCGUCUCCUUUACCGUCUCCAACCCCGAAUUGA